AUAGGCUACGUCUUUGAAGUAACCCUUGAAAACCAUCUAAGUGAAUGCAAGUCGUUAAGUGACAAGGACAUUGUCAAUCAGGAAAAAAGUUGUUCAUGUGUGAAGAUGCAGUGGCGUUAGCUCAAAAGGGAACGACAAAAGCUGACCCACUUUUAAAACUUUGAAUCUGCAGGGGGCAGUCUGAAAAGUUGACCAGGCAGUGUCCUCAAAGUUCAGUUUGUAACCUUACAGCGCUCCCCUUCGAGAAACGUGAAAAAUACUACGACACAGCAUUUAAGUGACGGUUAGAAGCUUAGACCAUGAAGAAGAACAAAGGAAAAGCCAACAGCACAGCUGAGAAGGAGUUUGUGUUUGAGUUCCGGGCAGGGAAACACAACUGUGUCCUCAAAGUACCCCUGCAGUUCCCUGUUCAAGAGAACAUCAGUGACCUUCAUGGACGCCUGAUGCUGCUACAUAAAAUACCCUGUUACAUAGAAAAUGAGCUAAAAGCGUCGCUUUCCAACUUCAUCGAGAAUGAGACCAUUCUGGAUUAUGACAGAGAGGCGGAACUGGCCCUGCAGAGACUCACGACAGGAGAUGUGGAUGUAAACCAGCUGGCCAACGCAUGGACCAGGUCUUAUGUAGAGACUACUCUGGAGCACGCUCGGCCUGAAGAGCCCAGUUGGGAUGAGGACUUUGCCGAUGUUUAUCAUGAGCUGAUCCACUCCCCUGCCUCUGAUACCCUUCUCAACCUGGAGCACAACUACUUUGUUAGCAUCUCUGAGCUCAUCAGUGAGAGAGACAUGGAGAUUAAGAAGCUACAGGAGAGGCAAGCAGCAGAAAUGGACAAAGUGAUGCAUGAGCUGGGGAAUACUUUGAGUGACCAGGAUGUAAAUGCGGUGGCCUCUCAACACUUUGAUGCACAGCAGGUGUUGGAGAACAAGUGGGCCAGUGAGCUGAAGCAAGUGACUAGUAUACAAAAGCAGGAGUAUCAGGAGUGGGUCAUCAAACUGCACCAGGACCUGAGGAAAUCCAACAACAGCAGCCAGAUUAACGAGGAGAUCAAGGUGCAGCCUAGCCAGCUGUCAGAGCUGGCGGACUCUGGGGCCAGGAUGUUUGAGGAGCAGCUUCAGCUGGAGGAGAGCUUCACCAUACACCUCGGUGCACAACUGAAGACCAUGCACAACCUGCGGCUGGUCCGGGCAGACGUGCUGGAUUUCUGUAAGCACCGUCGGCACGGCAGCAGCGGAACGAAGCUGCGGAGGCUACAGACGGCCCUUUCUCUCUACUCCUCCUCACUCUGUGGUCUGGUGCUGUUGGUAGACAACAGGGUCAACUCAUACAGCGGCAUCAAGAGAGACUUUGCAACAGUGGCGAAGGAGUGCACAGACUUCCACUUUCCCUGCCUGGAGGAGCAGCUGGAGGAGGUGCAGCAGGUGGUGCUCUAUGCCAGAGCCCAGCGGAGCAGCAAGCAGAAAGACCAACCUGAGAUUCCAAGAAACGGAGGUGAUGAUAAAAGCAAAAAUGUUGAAAGAAAUCCCUCUAACAUCUUACCAGGUGAGUUUUACAUCUCGCGGCACUCCAACCUGUCAGAGGUCCACGUCGUCUUCCACCUGUGCGUGGACGACAACGUGCGUUCGGGGAACAUCACGGCCCGGGACCCGGCCAUCAUGGGUCUGAGAAACAUUCUGAAAGUCUGCUGCACUCAUGACAUUACCACCGUCACAGUCCCUCUGCUGCUGGUCCAUGACAUGUCAGAGGAGAUGACCAUACCGUGGUGUCUUAAGAGAGCCGAGCUGGUGUUCAAAUGUGUCAAAGGCUUCAUGAUGGAGAUGGCCUCGUGGGAUGGAGGUAUAUCACGCACAGUCCAGUUUCUAGUGCCGAAGAGUAUCUCAGAGGAAAUGUUCUACCAGUUGAGCAACAUGCUGCCUCAGAUCUUCCGUGUCUCCUCCACCCUAACUCUCACUUCAAAGCACUGAAGGACAGUGACGUGCCACAUCGCACCCACAAGGCACGACGCCAACGGCGCGCUGUAUGUGUUUUGAUUAUGUUUUAGUUGUCAUUCUGAAAAUGAAAGGAACUGAAGAUUAAGGAAGCGGAGAUUUGAAAAGGUAGCACAUGAGAUGAUGGUCAAAAUGUUGUGGUUGCACUUACAGAUGAGGUGCAAAAAGGAUUUUUUUAAAUGAUGGAUAUUUUUGCCUCUUCUAAUGAUACACACGCUGUAACUCUUGGUGAAAGAGGACUGGAUUCGGUGGCUUACCAAAGCAGCUGCUGCAAUUAUCAUUUCAAAUCUCCAGGGUGCGGUCCUAGUGACAGUUUUAUGACAUCAUGACAUCAGCAGCCAGAGCUCAAGUAUUUUUUAGUUUUCCCUUAAAGCUGCAAUCUGUAACUUUCCACAUGUUCAAACUUCAACUGGCUGGUAGGCAGUGAAAGUAUCAUCGACCGAGAAGAGUUGAAUGUGAAUGCACAAUGUUGUUUACUGAAGGGAUGAAGUUGGAUGGAAUCAGCACCUUGAAUUGGACGGGUGCGACCCAACAUAACCUCUCCAACCAUGCUAAAUGUGACUUUUGUAGUCUUUCAGUUCACGCUACCAAAGUUGUAUAUAAUAAUAGUGUGUUGAUUUAAGUGAAAAACAUAAUGGCUCAUCUCAGCUUUAAAGCUGAUUUUUAGUUGUGAUGCAUCAAGUCACUGUGAACGUUACAUUUCACCUGUUGAAUUUUCAUGAAUCAGUCAUGAUGGAUGAACCACGAAGUUCAGCCGUCACAUGUGAUUUAGCGGUCUAAUCCCGUGGGUGAUUGGCUUCAUGUUUGGGGGGUGGGUGGUCCACAGAGAAGUGACGUGAACUUUGCUCUUCUAGUCCUUAAGAGGAAUUGCAUUGCUGCAAAGAUGAGCAAUAUGCAGGUGUUUUUAUGCUGCAUUGCAGUGAGUUGUAGUGAGGGUCACGCUUUAUGCGAGUGUGUGUGUGUGUGUGCGUGCGUGUGUGGACGUGUGUGUGUGGUGCCUCCCCUCUACCUCUGUAACAGCAGAUGGCACUGUUCUGAAAGACAAAGAUGUGAAAAGGGGGACUACACAGACACUUACACACUCUUCUUAUUGAAAGAGAGAAAGUUUCCUGAAGGGUUUAGUCCGCUUCCAUCAUGAGCAAGUACAGCCUCAUUAAUCUUGUGUUUCCAGUGUUAAAUGUUUGUCAAAUGUGUCGAACACUUGAACCUACUCAUAUGUGCAUUCUGUAUAUUUACUGUAUAUGUUUACAUUUUUAUGUUUUAAUUAAAAAAAAAAGUAACACACUGAUUUGAUGUAAAUUCCUCAUGAAAACUAUCAUGACAGGGUUUCACAUUUUGGAUGAUUACGUUUUCUUCCCCCGCCCUUCUGCCAACAGUGAUGCACUUCCAGUGGCAUUUGGUUCAGCGUUUAAUUUAGGGUUGAUGGGUUAUCCACAGGCGCAUAAUCUCUCUGAAGUUAAUAAUCCAUGUCAUUCAUUGGAAUUACUCCUGCACAUCUAAUGAUGGCCUAUAAGCCAUUUCAGACAGACUGAAAUCAAUUCAGCUUGUCAGAAAGUUUGCCACAGCCACGUUCAGCAGUGGCAUUAGGAUGAUUAAAAGAGUGUAGCAAUCAAA